AUGGAGAAUAAGGCACAGGACGGACGGCAUCUUAGCGGCCUGGCACCAGGACCAGGACAGGACCAGGACCAGGACCAGCAAGGGCUGGGGUUUGCAGCAAUGAGCCAGCGGCGACCAGGACCGUCUGGUGUGCAGAUCACCGAGGCCCGCCUAUGGCACGCAAGCCGGCCAGGCCCCCGUCGUGUCCGCCCGUCAGACGUGCAGGCCGCAGUCAUACUACACGCCCGCUCUAGCGUAGACGACGGGCAGGCAGACCCUCUGUCGGUCCCAGCAGCCAUGCAUCCGUCGCUCUGCCGGACUUGGGCGACUCCAUCACUGACUGGCCCUGUCGGCUCCUACCACAGCGACCCGAUGCCCGGUACCCGUCUCGCUGCUUCUGCUGCUGUUACCACUAUUGCUGCUGCUGCUGCUGCUGGCCAAAGACGGGCGGGUAAGGCGGCCUCGUCAUCUCAUGAGCCUGGCUGUCGAGGCGGUGGGCCAUGGAUGCUCUGUCGACGCCUUUUGCAGCAUGCUGACAGGGCUAACGACCAAGGCCCCAACUGGCUCGGCCACUGGCUCGUAACCCUACCCUACCCUACCCUACCUUACCCUAACACUGCGGACGUACGCGGGACGAUUCCUUUAGAUCGCAAGGGCCAUGGCCCCGAAUCCCAUGCAAACCCCCAUGCACAGCCGGGCAAAGUGCCUGUAGGUGUAAGCAAGUCAUACUCUGGUCCUGCAGCACAAUCUCGACUCGCGUGGCGCGCCUUUAUCGUCGAAACCGAUGAUAGUCCUUGCCAAGCCAGCUGGCGCCAGCGGCGGUGGCAUGCUGCAUGGCCUACGCUUGGUGUUGAGGGGCAAUCCUCGCACGCGCCAUUACUCGCUCCUCCUGCUACUGCUACUGCUACGCUAGUCUGCCCACUCCGCCUUUGCUCGACCACAAACUACAACUACCCCGCCAUGUGACGCAACCCAUCACCCUCCGUCCCUGCCUGCCUGCACUACGCCCACCCCUACGCUACACUACACUACACUACACUGCACUGCACAGGCACACGCCCUACAAAGUAAAAAAGAAACUACUCGCCUUGCACACUCGUCUUCUAAUCCAUUUCUGGCUUCCCAACCAUCCACCCCACUUGCUUUGCCUCUGCUCCCCCCCAAAAUGCCCUACUGCAAAGCACAUGCAUCAUCCUUGGCCAAGCUGCGAUUACACUGCUCUAUUCUUCGACUCAUACAUUCGUUGCUUAUCCCCUUUCUAUCCCACCCCAACUCCACCAUGCCAACCCCCCCUUCAUUCCCCUUCGCCAUACAAUACAAGAGCCUACAUUUAACCCAUGAGUGUUUAUUGCACAACCUGAGCAAAAAAAAAAGAUAAUACGUUAGCACAGUUCUUACAUACAAUACACACAAUCACUGUCC